AUGGUUAGUUUAGGAUAUAAUGCGGUUGGACUUCAAACGGCCAGCUGGCAUCAUCAUCAUCAUCAUCGGUUUCUCCUUUUCGCUGCUGCUGCCUCCUCCUCCUCUUCUUCUUCUUCUUCUUCUUCUUCUUCUUCUUCUUCUUCUUCUUGUCCUUGCUCAAACAAGAAUUACGCCACCAACUUCACUAUUACAAAUGGCCGCCGCCGAUCAAGGCGUAGGUUUUCUCUGCCUCCUGACAACAGCCAAAAUAGAGACAUCGAUGAACAGGAUGAAGAACCUUCUUCUUCUUCUUCUUCGUCUUCAGAACAAGUUGAAUGGGUUCGAAAUUCAGGAAUAAUAUCUUCAUGCUUGGUUGGUCUUCUAACAGGCGUCGCAGUCGUUGUGUUCAACAAUGUUGUGCAUGAAAUUCGUGAUUUGUUUUGGGAUGGGAUCCCGGAUCGAGGGGCCUCAUGGUUGAGAGAAGCGCCUAUUGAGGAAACAUGGAAAAGAGUAAUACUCGUUCCGGCUUUUGGAGGUCUUGUUGUCUCUCUCCUCAACCUUCUUUCCAAUUCCAAUUUAAAUUCCCGCCCUUUCUUAAAGGCUAUUGCAGCUUCAGUUACUUUAGGCACCGGUAAUUCCCUCGGUCCCGAGGGUCCCAGCGUUGAUAUUGGCAACUCCAUUGCCAAAUGGAUUGCUUCAACUCCUCUCUUCACUACUGCCAGAUUGCUUCCCCUUCUCGCCGCUGGAUCUGCUGCCGGCCUCUCUGCCGGUUUCAAUGCUGCCGUUGCUGGUUGUUUUUUCGCUGUAGAGUCUGUUUUGUGGCCCUCUGAUUCAAAUUCAUCUUUAUCACUUACCAACACAACUUCCACUGUCAUUCUCAGUGCUGUCAUAGCUUCUGUAAUUUCUGAGAUUGGCCUUGGCUCUGAACCAGCCUUUCAAGUUCCAGACUAUGACUUUCGUUCCCCUGCUGAGCUCCCGCUGUAUUUAUUGCUGGGUAUUUUAUGUGGCCUAGUCUCGUUGACCCUAUCUUGGUCGACAUCAUAUAUGUUCACUGUAUUUGACAAUUUUCACAAGGCCACUGGCAUGCCAAAAGCUUCAUUCCCUAUAUUGGGAGGCUUAUCUGUCGGCUUGAUAGCAUUGCUAUAUCCUGAAAUCCUCUACUGGGGUUUUGAGAAUGUUGACAUUUUGUUAGAAUCUCGGCCAUUUGUUAAAGGCCUCUCCACUGACCUAUUGCUUCAGCUAAUAGCUGUCAAGAUAGUUGCAACUUCUCUAUGCCGUGCUUCUGGAUUGGUGGGAGGCUAUUAUGCUCCAUCUCUCUUUAUUGGUGGUGCAACUGGGAUGGCUUAUGGAAAAUUAAUUGCUUUGACUGUUGCUCAGUCUAAUCCUGUGAUUAACCUCUCUGUGUUGGAAGUGGCAUCACCACAAGCUUAUGGCCUGGUCGGAAUGGCUGCGACUCUUGCAGGAGUUUGCCAAGUACCACUUACUGCAGUUCUUCUACUGUUUGAAUUGACACAGGACUAUCGCAUUGUUCUACCACUACUUGGAGCAGUAGGCUUGUCUUCAUGGAUUUCAUCUGCACAGACAAAGAGAGGUGAUGAAAGGGAUAGAGAAAAGCUGAAGAUACAAAACUCAAAUUCUUCUUCACUUCCAGAAAUAUCUUCUUGUAGUUCAAUUGAGUCAUCUACUGGUAAUACCGUUGCUGAAGGUGUGACAUAUUUGAGUAAUUUGUGUCAAGUGGAUAGUUCAAGUAGUGUAGGGGAUAAUAAUGAUGAAACAACGAAUUAUGUAAGGAGAACAUUAGUUUCGGAAGCCAUGAAAACAAGGUACGUGACAGUUUCAAUGUGCACACCGCUUACUAAAGUAAUAGAUCUCAUGCUUGCUGAGAAACAGUCUUGUGCAGUAAUUGUUGAUACUGAUGAUACUUUGAUUGGUUUAUUGACACUGGGAGACAUUCAAGAGUUUGGAAAAUCUGCAAAAUCUGGAAGCACAAAACCAAAGGAGACUUUAGUUUCUGAAUUAUGCGUUUUAAACGGAGGAAUAUGUAGUAUAUCAUGUACAGCUACUCCUGAUAUGGAACUUUCUCAUGCUCAAAUGAUUAUGAAGGAACAUGGAGUCAGUCAAGUUCCAGUUGUGAGGAAUAUCUAUGAAAAAACUUAUCCAGCUGGCCUACUGGACACCGAUAGCAUCAGUCUAACAUACAGGAUAAUGCUGAACAUGUGGAGUCUUGAAUUCAGAUGUGGGUUGCAGAGAUGCAAGCUCUACUGAAAAAAUAAAUAUACUACUAAAAUGGGUGGAUCUGAAAGGAAAAUCUAGCCCCGUUUACUUUUUCAUUAUUUCAUAUUUUUAUUUUCACUUCAACUAAUAAACAUAAGAUAAAUAUAGAUUCAAUAUUUUCCUGACCAUUUUUUGUUCAAUUUUUAAAAUAGAUCUAGCUUUUUUCAUUUUGUCAAUGGCAAAACAUUGUUUUCAGUGUUUCUAAAUAUGCAUUGUUCAUAGCUCCCCUUACAUCCUAUGUCUAUCAUAAUUGUGGUCACGACACGAGUCUUUCAUCUCAUCAUUAGCAAUUUAAAAUGAAAAAAUAUUUUAGAAAACUAAAAUUGAAAAUGGUUCAGAAAGUAAACAAGCUCUAAGGAGUAGGAUGGGGUGAAUAGAAAUAGUUGUAAGGGCUAUUCAAGAAAUUCAAAGCAACUUUAUGUGGGAAAGGAUGUUGUGAGAAGAGAGGAGGGUACUCUUAAUUUCAAGCUUUUUAUUGUUAUAAAGGGUCUUAUCUUUUUCACUUAAAUGCUUUUUUUUGUUUGGCUCGUAACACAAAU